AUGCGCGGAGCAAACGCGCCCGGAGGCCACGCCCACGAGUCCCGUAAAAGCCAAUCCGAGGCGGGCGCGGCUGAUUGGCACCCAGAGGCCGAGACCCUGGAUCCGGAUUGGGCACGCCUGCGGGGGCGGAUCCGGAAGCGGCGCGGGAAACGCGGGCCGGCGGAGGUCGGGGGUCGCGAGACCCGCAUGGCGGAGGCCCGGAGGCACGUGUUCGCUGAGAAAGUGCUGCAGAGACUUUUCCCUCGUGUUCCACGUGGCCAGGAAACGAGGGCGCCCUCGACGCCAGCCUCCGAGAACCCCCCCGAGGGCGAGAAGGCGGCAGCUGAGGCAGAGCGAUGCGGGUGCAGCCCCCCACCAACAGGAGAGGCCACGGGAGGACCCAGCCGGCCCACACCUGGAUCUCAGACUCCGGCCUCCAGGACUGGGAGACGGUAUCUGUUGUUGAAGCCCCAGAAUGUGCCGCUUCGUUACGGGGCCCGAGCUGGCCAAGCUGACACCCGUCUGGCCCACUAUGAAGGUGGCCCCUCCGAGGCCCCGCCUGGGAGGCGGCUCUACACCGUGAGUUUGCCUCCUGGGGGCUUCAUUCCCUGUCCACCCGAGCCACCCAGCUGCACCAUCUCCGAGAACUCCUCCGGCAGCGAGGACGUGGGAGGCCCAGAUCCUGAAGAUCCACCAAAGAGAAGAAGAAUUAGAAAACCCAAAUCAAAGAAAAACCUUAAAAGUCCCGAUAAUGUCCCCACGGAGCAAGCAGGAUUUGAGAAACAGCAGAGUCUCCCACAAGGAGCGCUGCAGGCCCGGCCGGCAGCCAGCCCCACGGCCAGCAGGAGCAGGAGGAGGAAACUGAAGAAGAGGCGGCGGGUCCAGCGGAAGAGAGAGGCCGGCCAGCCCACCCGGGCGCCCGGCGUCGACUUCACCUACCAGCCUGCGGGGGGCAGCAGCGAGCAGCAAGCGGCGCCCGGAAGCCAUGGGGAGGAGGCGGCUGCGAGCCCGGAGGACGCCGGGGAGGAAGCUGGUGAAGGCACCAGCGAAAAGGCAGAUGGUCUCCUCAACUUCCUGAAGUCAACACAAGAAAUCUAUUUUUAUGAUGGUGGCUCCAGGCGCCCGGACUUGGUCUUCGAGGCCGCCAGUGAAGAGCUGCUGAGAAGCCUGCGGGCCGGCAGCGUGGCCCCCUCGGACGUGCUCAGCCUGCAUCGCAUGAAGACGCUGCUGCUGCUGCAGGACACCAGCCAGCUGCAGCUCAGCCUGGACGAGUUCGCACAGCGCUGCACCAUGCCGCCCGAUUUCACCUGCACAGCUGCCGAAGGUGUUUUCUCCUGCAUAAACCCGGCUCAGGACGUUUAGUGAGCAGCAGUGUCUCCUGUCCGUUGACAGCGUCUAGAUGCACGAAGAGCGUGUGCUAAGUCCCGUCUGCUGUUGGCGAGUGUCCAGCUCGUGCCCGUCACCUGACCGAGCACGGCCAGCCUCUCGCAGCGCCGCGGCAAAACUGGGCUUUGCUGAGAGCGACCGGUCCCCCUCACGUGCUCUGUUCCGUCACGUGCACGCACACGCACGUGUCCCACACGCCUGCCGUUUGCUGAACGGUCUCACGCCCCGGGCACCGUGCGCUGGCGUGGGAUUUCCUCCCCUGACCCUCCUUUGACCGUCUGUGUGUGCGGAGCUUUUACCCUCCUCCCUGGAGGAAACGCAGCUCGCGGCGGGCCGGGACCCUCCCAGCCGUCCCCAGCCUCUGCAUCCGGUGAGCGGCUCACGGGCAGCCCGAGGCCUGGGCUGACGUCGGGGGCCAGCGUGUGCCCCCCGGGGUUAACAGCCUGACAAGCAGAACAGCCGGCUGUCGAUGAAACCCUCGGCGGCCGCACCGGACGGGUGUCCUCACCAGUCAAGCGGCCUGACUCGUGGCUGUCAUUGUCCCCCAAAACAGUAAAGGGGGCAGGUGACGUUGACAGCAGCUGCCCGUGGGGUAGGCCGUUUGGCUGCUGUGCCGUUCGAAUGCCGUGUUGACCCCACAUCACUCACACCGAGCUCCACGCUCCGUUCCUGCUAGUUUGCUCACGUUCGACCGUUUGCGUUAAACUUUCCCCCGUUUCCUUUCCGUUUGCGUGUGGUUUUCUUUGCGCUCGGACGUGAGACGUGUCACAUGAUGCCGUGAUAUUCUGCAUCAGUCUCGGGGCUCAUAAACCUCGAGGGCUGGUACCCGAGGAAACCCCAGACACAGAGAGCACAUCCACUUUUUUGGCCACAUCUGCUGUGUAGUGUACGGUCCACUACCAACAUCCCCUUCACACCAGAGUUACGUUUUAUUAGCUUAUUUCGGGGUCACUUUGGGCCAGAGGGUAAUAUCUACAAAAUAAUUUCUAUUGUUUUGUUUUGUUUUGUUCGGUUUUGUUUUUGCUUUACAGACCAUGCCAGAGUAAUCUCAGCUUUCUUUAAUUAUUGGAUCACACACAUCCUUCCUGAGAAAAACAGUGAAUGAAUUCAGCAUGUCUACUUAGGAAGAGCUAAGAUUUAACAGGAAAAUGUAAGAGACAAAUGUGAAACGGGCUGGGACUUAAAUCCUUCUUACAGAGAAGAUGAACGUCCCUGAACUCUGUGACCCAAAGCCUGGGAACCGAAGGCAUUUCUGCCAUCUUGUUUAUUCACGGAUUUGUACAUAUUGGGAAGAUGUCAUCUGAGACUUUAAAUGAGAAACUGGGAUAAAAUUUAAAGUUUUCACUUUUUAAAAGUCGCAUGUCUUGAAUUACUACCCAGUGAUUCUGUUUUUCUAAUUCCCAUAAAAGUUUAAAAUAGACUUUCUGUUAAAUUGAAUAAACUGUGUAGUUCAAAGCUGUUA